ACCGGCACAAGUGGAGCUGCAAACAAAAAAAAAAUUUCAUUUUCAAACGGAACUUUGGCGAAAUCCGUACUUCUCCCACCGUCACUUCUUUAAUUCUUUUUUCGCUGUCACUCUUUAAUUUUUCCUCCGUGCUUUUCGGUUUGUUAUUGUUAUUGUUAUUUUUUUUGCUGUGUGUUUUUUCGGUGUUUUUUUUUCGUUUUUGGACAAGGUUCUCCGAACGUAAAUAAAAUAUUAAUUAAUUUAUUUACUGUGUAUUUAAAACGCCAAGUUAAACAAUUAAAAUGAGAAUCGUUUGGAGCAAAAAGCUCGUCCUAUGGCUGGUCCUGGCCGCCGUAAUGGUUACGGCAUUGACCCUCGGCCUGGUCUUUGGACUCCGGAACAAGGACACUCGGCUCAUCAGUGGCGCCGUCGUCUCCAAUGGCAUCGGUUGUGCAGACAUUGGCGGUGAUGUCCUCAACGAUGGCGGCUCGGCGGUGGAUGCCGCCAUUGCCACGUUGCUGUGCGAGGGCCUGUUGCUGCCCCAUUCCAUGGGGAUUGGAGGGGGAUUUGUGGCCACCAUUUAUACGAGAAGCACUGGGAAAGUAGAGACUGUGAUGGCAAGAGAAUCGGCACCGGCGGCCGCCACCCAGGACAUGUUUGUGGACCAGGGCGAGAUCACGGGCGCCAAGGCGGGCGGAGUGCCCGGCGAGAUUCUGGGCUACUGGGAGAUGCAUCGCAAGUACGGUAUCCUGCCGUGGAAACGCCUCUUCCAGCCGUCCAUCAAGCUGGCCCGAGAGGGUCAUGUGGUGUCCCGGUACCUGGCCGCCGCCAUCCAAUCCAAGCUGACCCAAAUCCAAGCGGAUCCCUCCCUCUCCUCGGUCUUCCUGAAGGAAAACGGCGAUGCCUACCUUGAGGGGGAUUACAUGAAGCGUACUGUCUUGGGGAACACUCUGGAGAGGAUUGCCGAGAACGGUGCCUCGGAGAUCUAUGAUGGCGGCGAGACGGGUCGCAUGUUUGUGGAGGACAUUCAGGCGCUGGGCGGCAUCAUUACCGAGCAGGAUCUGCGUGAUUUCCGAGUUCGUUGGGAGAGUGAUGGCCAUAUCUCUGCCCAGGUCUCCGGCGGCUAUACCCUCUAUACCACGCCCCUGCCCAGCAGUGGUCCGGUUCUCACCUUCAUCCUCAACCUCAUGGACGGCCUCUACACAGACAAGUCAGAUGUGUACUGGCAGCGUGUUGUUGAAUCCUUCAAGCAUGCCUACGGCCAGAGGACGAAUCUGGGUGAUUUCCAUGCCGAUCCGGAGAAUGGACCCGCCAUCAAUGCCACCCUGGAACAAAUGCUACGUCCCGAGUUCGUCGAGAGCAUCCGGAAGUUGAUCCACGACGAUAGUACCUCGCAGAGCUAUGAUUACUAUGGUGCCAACUUUACGGUGGAGGAGGAUCACGGCACUGCCCACAUGAAUGUCCUGCAUCCCAAUGGAGAUGCUGUGUCUAUAACUAGUACCAUUAAUAACUAUUUCGGUUCCAAGGUGGCCUCUUCCCGGACCGGCAUUAUCCUGAACGAUGAAAUGGACGACUUCUCCACCCCGGGCGUCAUCAAUGGCUUCGGAGUACCAGCCUCCCCAGCCAACUACAUCCAGCCCGGAAAACGACCCAUGUCCUCGAUGAGUCCCGCCAUCGUUGUGGACCAGCAGGGCAAUGUCCGGCUUCUAGUGGGAGCAGCUGGCGGCACUAGGAUCACCACCAGUGUGGCGGAGGUCAUACUCAAGUAUCUGGUGCGUGGGGAGAGCCUCAAGGCGGCGGUGGACAAUGGCAGGAUCCAUCACCAGUUGGCGCCGAUGCGGGUCAGCUACGAGGUGGAGGUGGAGAGCAGCAUCACCGACUACCUUAAGCAGGUGGGACAUGUGAUGUACGAGGAGCCGCAGGGAUCCAGCUUUGCGGCCGUCACCGCCAUCGGGGCUUUGGAGGAGCCACUGCCCUUCUUCGAUCGCCGGCGGAUCGGCAGCUCCCUCACCAUCGCCAAGGCCAACAAGAUGCAGCAUUAGGUGGCUGCACUUUCCACACUUUCCAUCUUCGUGAUCGUGAUUUUAUUUAUUUAUAUAUAAAUUUUAGUUCGUAAGCGCCCAGGCCCAUGGGUCGUCCAUAACGCCCAUGGGUCAUGUGUACAUAACUGUUGGAACCAUAUUUCGAAUAGAGGAGUGUCUUCGAAAGAAUUCUUUUAUGUUUAAUAACAGGCUGUGAAUGCCGAAAUAGCCAAAUAUCUGAUUAUUUGUGUUUUAAUUUCAAACUUUACUAAUGAUACUAAAACUAGUUGGUAUUAUAUUGUACAUAAACGCUAUUCCUACAUGCCUGUUAUUUCUAAAAUAAAUUAAUUGCCAGUAUUCAA